GACACUAGAUUUUCAAGCAUAGUAUGCUUGGACCAAAACGCCGUGGUUUUGGCACAUACGGACCACCAAGGGUCCUCCCUGCAUCGCCUCGCUGCCGGAGCAUCGCUCCGAUUCGCUGCGGCGCACCGCUACGAGCCGGAGAGCCUGCCGCCAAAAGCAGAGCUAGCGCGCGACGCGCGUAGACACCAGCGGGACCCAUGGGCAAGGCCCAGGAGAAGCGCGAGGCCGCCGAGAAGGCCGCGGCCAAGAAGGCCGAGAAGGACGCCAAGAAGGCGGCGCUGAAAGAGGCGCGCGCGGCGAAGAAGGCGUUAAAAGCGCAAGUCAAGGAGGCGGUGGAAGCGCAGAAGAAGCCGCUUCCUCCCAAACCGGAAGAAUUGAACGAAAAUAAUUGGAAUGACGCAUCCCAAAAAGCCCUAGACGACGCGUUACGUUCCCAUGCCCCGCUGCCGAACCAGGUCGAGCGGUGGCGCUUGAUCAGUCGAGACGUGCCGUCGUACUCGUCGCGGGCCUGCGCCCUACGCUUUUUGGAAGUGAGAAAAAAUAUAAAAAAACUCAAAGAUUGGGAGGCCGAGUGCCGCGCCGUGACGCUCGCGAACGCCGCGCUGUCGAAGUUGGACGGGAGGGCGAAGAAGGACAUCGAGGAGAAGGCGCGACGAGCCUACCAGGAAAAGGCCGGCGUCAAGACGGAAGAAGAAAAAGCGGCAGAGGAAGCGCGGCAGCUCGCGGAGGCCAAAAUGGGUAGGGUGCUCAAGGCCGACGACGGUGCUGCGGCUGAUUUACUGGCCGCGCAAGGGGUAGUAGCGACCUUCGCCGCACCUCCAGCGAAAGCUCAUAGGAACGUCAAAGACGUGAAUGUCAGUAAUCUCGGCGUCUCGUUCCACGGCGCGCCUAUAUUGGAUGGGACGACGUUCGUCAUGAACUGGGGCAAUAGAUAUGGCUUUGUUGGUCGCAAUGGUUCGGGCAAGUCUACGGUUAUGAGGUGUAUCGGCGCUCGAGCGAUUCCCAUACCCGCGGCGAUCGACAUCUAUCACUUGACGACCGAAUACCCACCGACCGACGAAACGGCCCUGGAAGCGGUCAUGAAGGUCGACGACGAACGAAACGAGUGCGAGCGGGAAGUAGACGAACUCAACGACCUGAUGGCUUCGGACGCAUUGGACGAGGACGCGCACAACGACGCCGCGGACCGGUUGAACGUUUUAUAUGAAAGGUUGGAGGAGCUGGACGCCGCCACCGCGGAAGCUAGAGCAACUGAUAUCUUAACGGGAUUAGGGUUCUCCGCGGACCGGCAAAAACAGAAAACCAAGGACUUUAGCGGUGGCUGGCGGAUGAGGGUAGCUCUAGCGCGCGCUCUAUUCAUCCAGCCCGCUCUCUUGUUAUUGGAUGAACCUACCAACCACCUGGACAUGGAGGCCGUCGUCUGGCUCGAGGACUACCUGUCGAAGUGGCAGAAGAUGCUGUUCAUGGUCUGCCAUUCCCAGGACUUCCUGAACAACGUGUGUACACAUAUCUGCCAUCUGGACCAAUUGCACAAACAGCUUGUGUACUACAAAGGCAACUACGAUAGUUUUGUCGAAACGAAAAGGGACCUACAGACGGAACAGAUGAAGCGCUGGGAGGCGGAACAGGCGGACUUAAAGCAGAUGAAGGAGUACGUGGCCAAGUUCGGCCACGGGACCGCCAAAUUAGCGAGACAGGGCAAGUCGAAGGAGAAAUUGUUAGCGAAAAAGAUGGCGUCGGGCUUGACGGAGAAGCCCGUCGAAGAAUUAUCGCUGAAGUUCCGGUUUCCCGACCCCGGGCACCUCAGCCCUCCCGUCCUCCAAGUGAACGAGUUGACCUUCGGAUACGGAGACGGACCGAACUUGUACGAAAAUGUCGACUUCGGCUUGGAUCUGGACUCGAGAAUCGCGUUGGUCGGCCCGAAUGGUGCUGGUAAAUCGACAUUAGUGAAAAUCAUCAAUGGCGAACUUACGCCGCGACGAGGCGCGGUGCGACCCCACGGCCACCUCAAGAUGACGAAGUUCACGCAGCACUUCGAGGACGUGUUGGACUUCACGAAGACGCCCCUGCAGUGGUUCAUGGACCGGUACCCCGAAACUACAAGAGAGGACGCGCGGAAGUGGCUCGGGAGGUACGGCACGUCCGGCGUCGUGCAGCAGCAGACGAUGUCGCAGCUCUCCGAAGGCCAGAAGGCCAAGGUCGUUUUUUGUCAUAUGGCCAAACAAUCAGCACACAUCCUGCUGCUGGACGAGCCGACGAAUGCACUAGAUAUGGAAAUGAUCGAUUCGCUCGCGGACGCCAUCAAGGCGUUCAAGGGCGGGGUCGUACUUGUAAGUCACGACAUGCGAUUAAUUAGCCAAGUGACGGAGGAGAUCUGGAUCGUCGAUAAAGGUUUAAGGAAGUACGAGGGCGACAUCGGGAAUUUCAAGAUGGACCUGCGGCGGCAGAUGAAGCUCGAAAAAGAAGACAAGAAGAAGAAGAAGUCUCCCAAAUUGGCCCCGAAGGCGCCUUCACCUCCUCCGUCUUUUAGGCUGGACCAGGCGCCGCCGCCCGCGCCGCCGCCGGCGCGGAACCUGGACGCGCUCCGCGGUACAGCGCCGGCCGCGUACGUGCCGCCCGGGCGGCGGGGCGACGGCGCGUGGUAGCUCGCGAAUUAUUGUGGACGGAGUAAUCUUGGCAUGCUCCCUU